AUGCCGCGCACCAUCGCCGCCAACAAUCUUCUCGAGAAGGCGUCGCAGAAUGCCAUCUGCACUGCCUUUGGCAUUAAAAUCUCGCCCGACACAUCCAUAGUACACAUUGCCAAAGCGGCAGGCUAUGAUUCGCUGUUUAUAGAUCUCGAGCAUACCGCUCUAACGAUCAAAGAUGCAAAUCAGCUGUGCAUCACUGCGAUAUCUGCAGGCAUCGUCCCCUUCGUUCGCGUGCCCCAUGAAUGUGGACUGGGAUUCAUGCAAAAAGUGCUUGAUGUAGGCGCCAUGGGAAUCAUCGUACCGCACAUCCAUGGAAUCGAUGAUGCAAGACGCGCCAUUCAAAUCUCAAAGUACCCACCACUGGGUAAACGAUCCAUCAGCGCCGGCUUCCCACACCUCGAGUUUGCCCCUGUCCCCACGUCACAACUCGUGCAGGAGAUGAACGAAUUCGGUUCAACCGUCUUCAUCAUGAUUGAGACGGCCGAUGCGCUCGAGGCGGUCGAAGAUAUCGCCGCACUUCCCGGCUGUGAUGUUCUUCUCGUAGGAUCCAACGAUCUCGCCAGUGAAAUCGGCACACUGGGAGACUGGGAUGCGCCCAAGUUCAUAGAAGCACUGCGGAGAGUGGGCGCGGCGGCAAAAGCACACGGCAAGCUCAUGGGUAUCGCCGGACUAUAUCAUCGACCAGACAUACUGAAGACGGUGAUCAAUGACUUUGGGGCCAAAUGGAUCGUCGGCGCACAAGAUGUAGGACUGCUUUUGCAAGGUGGUCGCGCAAAUUCAGAUCUGCUGCGGAGUCUAGACGAGGGCCGCAAAUAA